AGGGCAGCAAAUGCCGAUGCUUUAAACACAGAGAGUAAGAAGUUCUUGCUUCACACUCCUCCCCACGAUCAAUUGGCCCCUAAUUUCCUCCUCUGGUGCUGCUGGUGAAUAAUCAACCCAUCUUAACACCCAACUUCACCGCCCUCCCCAGGCACCGUCUCUGGCCAGGCUGCUGUGACAACGCUCAGGUCCAGGGCAGUGGGGACAUUCCUCAGCACUUAUUUAGCUGGGUGGUGAAAAAAAAAAAAGCAGUCUAAUUGGCCAGUGGCCUUUUCUAGUGAAUGAAGGAGGUUUCGUUUUUAAGAAAUAAAGUGACUUCUCAGCGGCUGUUGAUUCACUGCCCACAGGGAGAUUUUUGGAGCGGAGGCUUCCUAGCCAGGGUAGAAAUUUGCAUACAACUUCCACUUCCUGCUUCGGAGCCUGUUGGGCGGCUUACCUGGGCCUGGAGAGGGUGGAGGGAGCCUGGGAGCGACCCAAGGUGGAGCGACCCAAGGAGAAGCAAGCGUGACCACCCUGUGCCCUGGUCUGUCUGUCCUCGGUGGCUCUAAGAAACUAGAAUGAAUCGAAGCAUUCCUGUGGAGGUUGAUGAAUCUGAACCAUACCCAAGUCAGUUGCUGAAACCCAUCUCAGAGCAUUCCCUGGAAGAGGAAUCAGAACCGCCUGCUCCAGAUACCAGACACAUGGCACCCAACAGCUCCUCUGCACCCCAAACCCCUUGCUAUGCCUCAGGAGACGUGGCUCACACUCACUCACCCCUGAAGCUUUCAAAUCAUCAGUGGCCUGUGUCCCAGCAGGUCACCUGCCUGCGCACCAAAGUCCUGGAGGAGAGUGAAGACAGCUUCUGGAGGAGACACCCAGACCCAGGCAAAGAGUUUCCCUCGUGCUCCUCCGCAGCCAGCCAGGCUGAGCCUGAGUCUGUGGUUGGAGCUCUCCCCCCAGAGCAUCAGUUUUCACUUAUGGAAAAACGUGAUCAAUGGCUGGGAUCUCAGCUUUCAGCAGCUUCUCCCGACACUGGCCAUGACUCAGACAAAUCAGACCAGAGUUUACCUAAUGCCUCAGCAGACCCUCCGGACAGUAGCCAAGAGAUGGUGCAACAGCCUCAGCCCCACAGGAACCGAGCAGCCCCAGACCUGCCUACCACAGACACUGGGUACGAUUCCCAGCCCCAGGACGUCCUGGGCCUCAGGCAGCUGGAAAGACCCCUGCCCCUCACCUCCGCCUGUUACCCCCAGGACCUCCCCGGGCCUCUCAGAUCUAGGGAGUUCCAUCUGUUUGAACCUCAGAGAUACCCAGCGUGCGUACAGAUGCUGCCUCUCAACCCUUCCCCGCACGCUCAGUGGAACUAUCACUACUAUGGUCCUGGAGGUCCUGAUUACCACGUGCCAUAUGGCCACAACUACCCUCGAGAAGCCUACCAGCAAGUGAUCCAGCCUGCUUUCCAUGGGCAGGUGCCCCCUGGAACCAGUGCAAGAGGCCCACACCCUGUGCAGAAGGUCUUCCUGAACUAUCCCAGCCCCUGGGACCAAGAGGAGAUACCUGCAGCAAGAAACUACUCCUCCCCGGGGUUCCCGGGGUAUCAGGACCACGUGUAUAACCAGCCACCUAACAGAGCUGGUGCUCCUGGAGCGUCCUUGGAGUGCCCUGCAGAGCUGAGACCACAGGGUCCCCAGGCUCCAUCCCCAGCUGCUGUCCCUAGACCCCCCAGUAACCCUCCAGCUAGAGGAACUCUGAAAACAAGCAAUUUGCCAGAAGAAUUGCGUAAGUUGUUUGCAGUGUUGUUUUUCCCUUCUCCUUGUCAAGUCUUCUGCUUUGAGAGUAUUUGAUGAUAACUCACCCAGAAUCUUGGACGGUUCUCUCAUUCUACACAGUGAAAGGAAAUAUCCUCUUUUUUUUUUUUUUUAAUGAGCGGCAUUUUGUAGUGAUUCUAAUCCUACCUGAAAUACAAAGUGUUUACCACUAGAUUUUCUUCAGCAUAUACUCCAACAACAAACAAUCCCAACGCUCUCUGCCUCUUCUAAAUGAUGCUCUUGAGUGGACUCGUCCCUGGAUAAAUUGAUGGGAUGUCCAUGUGGUAUUGGCCAGGGAACUAGCGUCUCACCAUAAAUUAGCAGCAGCCUUCAAGAACGAGGUCAUUUCCUGCAGGAAUGAGCAAUCUUGUUUGGAAAAAGUGGUCUCACAUUCUCCAUACUGCUUUACAACCAAAUGAAAACUAAGCCUUUUAGUUAAAGAAACACUCGACUAAGUGUCAGGUGAUGAUGCUUUUUCCACAUCUUUGUAGCCAGAACCAGAAAUGUUGAACAAUCACCAAAAUGUUCUAAUAUUAAGGUCAGUCAGGACAGUAAGUUCCAGAAAUCUUAAGAAAGCAGUUGCUAUUUGUAAAAUUGCGGUAUUCUGCUGUGCUUGCCAGAAUUCUAAUAAUCCCUUUCCAGAUCUAGGUACUGCUUUGAACCAAAGUUAAAAUUAAGCCCUUUGCAUUUGCUUGUUGGGGGAGUCUAUGCUCUUUGGUCAUUUAAGACUUGGAAAGAUUUCUAAGACAAUGAUCCAUGGUUGUUUUUCACUUAAACAGCUUUGUCUUACAUUCUUAGACAUUGAAAUUUUGAGCAUUUCUGGAGAAUGGGUGGUGUUAGGAUAUAGUCUGGAUGUCAAUGUAUAGAUCACAUUACCUUACCUUAACCUAUAAGGGAGUCCUAAAAUUCUUAUAGAGGAAUUGGUUGAAUAUUAGAUGUUAAGAAGAAAAUGAAGGAGUUCCCAUUGUGGCUCAGUGGAAAUGAAUCUGACUAGCAUCCACGAGGACACAGGUUCGAUCCCUGGACUCACUCAGUGGGUCAAGGAUCUGGUGUUGUCGUCAGCUGUGGUGUAGGUAGCAGACACAGCUUGGAUCCCAAGUUGCUGUGGCUGUGGUAUAGGUCGGCAGCUGCAGUUGCAAUUCAACCCCUAGCCUGGGAACCUCUGAAUGCCACAUAUGCAGCCCUAAAGAAAAGAAAAAGAAGCAAAUAAAUUGAGUGCCAACAAUAGGCCUGACUACUUAAGUGAGCCAACAUGACCAUUGUACAUACUUUCAUUUGAGAGGUGUAUUGCAAAAAACACGAGCCUAGGCAGAGAUGAGUGGUUUCUCUCCAACCAUCUGCUUUGUUCUCCACUCUCUGCCCCAGGCUUCCUGAGAUUAGCCAGUUGAUUCCAGACAAAAAAGCCAACACACAAAGAUCAUUCAUCUACCACGUUAACUCUCCAGCCAGAUCAUUUACUCAAGACCGUAGCCUGAGAAAACACUGGUUCUCAUCCUGUCUGGGUUAAGCUUGUGGGACCACACCAUCUGCCACUCUAGGAGGAUUUAGGAAGGAGCAAGGGGUCAGUGAUGCCGGACCUCCCAGAGCCAGGGUCUCUCCUUCAAGCUGCUGAUGUUCUUAGUAACAUCUCUGAGCUUUGUUGACAACUCCAACUUCCUGGCCUUUCCCCUCCUCCUCACUUGCUCUUGUCAAGUUCAGGGCAGCAGAGAGCAUCACGCGAUCAGAAGAGGACACUGCCGGUGGUCCCUUAGAGAGGCUCAAUUUCCAAGCCUGCAGUGAGAGUAUUCCUUGGGCACAGUGCCAAGUGUCCCUGAUGUACCAGGACAAGGACCAGUCUCAAGGACCCUGCGCGUUCUGGCUGCUGUGGUUUUUUUGCAUGUGUCAUGUGGUUUUGCAGAAGACUUCCUCUGCCUUUCGAAGCCCACCAGUGCUCUGCCCUGUGCCUCUCCUUUCCAUGCUCCCUGAGCACCUUGCCCCUCUGGGCCCGUGAGGCUCUGCCCUGAAGACAACAAUCCACCCUCGUGCAGGCAUAAGCCCUUAGUCUGCCCCAUGUCUUGAGGCUUCUCUUCGUUGUUCCAGAAGCACAAAAGACAUUGACUAGAAUCUGCAAAUGUUGUUUGGAAUAGAAUAAUUUGACCAGUUUCUAACAGAUGUGAAAAAUCUCUCUUAGGGAAAGUCUUUAUCACUUAUUCUAUGGACACAGCCAUGGAAGUGGUGAAAUUCGUCAACUUUUUGUUGGUAAAUGGCUUCCAAACUGCAGUAAGUAUUUUAUCCAAAAGAAGACUGAACAAUGAAAGUGAGUAUAAUGACAAGAAAAGCAAAAGUAUAAAGAGCUAUUGAUGUUUUAAACUGUAUUAUUUAUGUGAUUAUGAACUAAAUGCUUAUGGAUUUAGGUAAUUAUUUUCUAGGGUUUAAAACUAUCAGAGUUCCUGUUGUGGUGCUUCAGAAAUGAAUCUGAGUAGGAACCAUGAAGUUGUGGAUUCGAUCCCUGGCCUCGCUCAGUGGGUUAACGAUCUGGCUUUAUCGUGAGCUGUGGUGUGGGUUGCAGAUGCGACUCAGAUCUGGCAUUGCUAUGGCUGUAGCUCCGAUUAGACCCCUAGCCUGGGAACCUCCAUAUGCCACAGAUCGACAUAUUUGAGGAUAGAAUCCGAGGCAUUGAUAUCAUUAAGUGGAUGGAACGCUACCUUAGGGAUAAGACAGUGAUGAUCAUCGUAGCAAUCAGCCCCAAAUACAAACAGGAUGUGGAAGGCGCUGAGUCGCAGCUGGACGAGGAUGAGCAUGGCUUACAUACUAAGUACAUUCAUCGAAUGAUGCAGAUCGAGUUCAUAAAACAAGGCAGCAUGAAUUUCAGAUUCAUCCCUGUGCUCUUCCCAAAUGCUAAGAAGGAACACGUGCCCACCUGGCUUCAGAACACUCACAUCUACAGCUGGCCCAAGAAUAAAAAAAAUAUCCUGCUGCGGCUGCUCAGAGAGGAAGAGUACGUGGCUCCUCCCCGAGGGCCUCUGCCCACCCUUCAGGUGGUCCCCUUGUGACCCCUCCACCCCUAGAUCAGGCGGGCUGGCAGCAUGCAGGGCUGUUGUUUUCAGUCCCUCUGGCCCCAGAAAACCUGUUCUGCAGAGUACUCUUCUCCUGAGACCUUGGGGGACUUGACUUUGAAACAGAGGCCACCAAACAGUCUGCCGUGUCCAGAAUGAGCGCUCAGCACUCAGCAAGUGGAUAAUACCAGUGACGUUGCUGUAACUGUAAACGACCACAAACACUCUCCCAUUGCUCAGAGCUACUUUUCCGCGUUAGCCCGGUGCUGGGUGUGCUCAGACCAAACUGAUGCAUGGACAAAUAAUAAAAUAUUGACUCUUUUGUAAACCUGCAUGUCACUUAUCUCAGAGGAGAUAGAUACAUAGUAAUUGACAUGGACAGUUGCUUCCAGGGAUAUCAGUAAAGCUGCUUAAAUAUAAUAUUAGACAAAUGUAACGAACUGCCUCGUACUAAAGAAUUAAGGCCAGAUAGUUAAACAAUCCCUUUCAAUUUAAUCUGGGGAGGUUUAUUCCUGCAGUAGAGUUUUUAAACAAAGAAACUUUGUUCCCCACCACCAUGAUUCUAAAUAAAAUCAUAGUUCCUAGGG